UCCAAAUCGACUGAUUGUCCGGCUAUAAUUUUCAACAUAGCCAGCCCCCGCGCCCAUUGCCCAGUCUCCCCUUUCCCAUCUUCCUCGCCGCUCGCGUCGCCAUUUUAUACUCCCAACGCAUCUCACUGUCACUGACACUAAUCAAUCAUCAUGUUUCGCAGCUUCAACAUUCUCCAAGCUCCAAUAGAUUAGGAGCAAUCAAUUAACAAAUACCCCAAAUACUCAAAGGUAAAACAUUUCUACAACAUCUCCAUAACAAUUUCUUAACCCUCGGAACAAUUUUCAAAUCCUUCUGGUCACUGUCAUUAUAUUCUUGAUGGCGUUUCGAUCUUUGGGUUUGAAAUUCGCGUUGCACUUGUCAAAACCCAUAUCAUCACUCUUACCAUUACACCAAUCUCUCUCAUCGCUCCAUGCUCUCCCAACUUCUCCACUCCCCGACGAACGCCUUAUUCUCCACCAAAUCUCUCAACUUUUACCAAUUCCCACUUCCAAAACCCUAGAAUCCGAAUCAGAGUCGAAAUCGAAAUCCGUCGACGGGUUUUUGUCCCCCGAAGAUAAACUACGCGGCAUCUUUCUUCAAAAACUAAAGGGUAAGGCUGCAAUCGAACAAGCUUUAUCCAAUGUAUGUAUUGAUGUGAAUGUUGAUAUUAUUGCUAGGGUAUUAAACUCUGGGAAUUUGGGUGGUGAAGCUAUGGUUACGUUUUUUAACUGGGCACUCAAACAACCAAUGGUGCCGAAGGAUGUUGGUACUUACCAUGUCAUUGUUAAGGCAUUAGGUAGAAGGAAGUUUUUGGUGUUUAUGAUGCAAGUUUUGGAUGACAUGAGGUUGAAUUGUAUAAAAGCUGAUUUGUUCAUGUUAUCUAUUGUUAUUGAUAGUUUUGUGAAUGCUGGUCAUGUAUCUAAAGCAAUUCACGUGUUUGGGAACUUGGAUGAUCUUGGUCUCAAGCGUGAUACUGAGGCUUUGAAUGUGCUUUUGUCGUGCCUUUGUCGACGCUCUCAUGUUGGUGCUGCCGCUUCUGUUUUUAAUUCGAUGAAAGGGAAGAUGGAUUUUAAUGUUGCCACGUAUAAUGUUGUUGCUGGUGGUUGGUGCAAGUCUGGUAGGAUGGAUGAGAUUGAGAGGGUUAUGAAGGAAAUGGAAGUUGAGGGGUUUUCUCCUGAUUUUGGUACAUUUGCUUUUUUACUUGAGGGUUUGGGUAGAGCAGGUAGAAUGGAUGAGGCGGUUGAGGUUUUCGGUAGUAUGAAAGAGAAAGAUACUACGACCUAUAAUGCAAUGAUUUUCAAUUUUAUUUCGAUUGGAAAUUUUGACGAGUGUAUGAAGUAUUAUAAUAGGAUGUUGAGUGAUAAUUGUGAACCUAACAUUGAUACAUAUACUAGAAUGAUUAGUGCUUUUCUCAGAAUAAGGAAAGUGGCCGAUGCACUUUUGAUGUUUGAUGUGAUGUUAAGACAAGGAGUUGUGCCUCCUACUGGGACUGUAACCUCCUUCAUCAAAUAUUUGUGCAGCUAUGGUCCACCAUAUGCUGCUAUGAUGAUCUACCAGAAGGCAAGAAAAUUAGAGUGUAAGAUAUCGAUGGAAGCUUAUAAGAUAUUGCUUAUGCGCCUUUCUAAGUAUGGAAAAUGUGGAACACUAUUAAGUGUCUGGCAAGAGAUGCAAGAAUGUGGGUAUAGUUCAGAUGUUGAAGUUUAUGAGUACAUCAGCACUGGCCUUUACAACAUAGGACAACUUGAAAAUGCUGUUCUUGUUAUGGAGGAGGCUAUGCGCAAAGGGUUCUGCCCUAGCAGGCUUGUAUACAGUAAACUAAGUAACAAGCUGCUUGCUUCAAACCUAACAGAGAGGGCUUACAGACUGUUUUUGAAGAUUAAACAUGCUCGUUCUCUAAAAAAUGCCAGAAGUUAUUGGCGAAAUAAUGGUUGGCACUUUUGAACGGGCAUCCUAAUUGGUAGCUCUUGAAGUAGAUCCUCCCGCUUGCUUUGCACAUAUCUGGUCUUUGGCUACUUCCUCGCAACAUUACUGAUCUAUUAUAUGCUCGUAGGCUCUUUUAUUUCCUCCCUUUAGUAUUGAAGAAUACGAUGAUCGUGUGAUGGCAGUGGUCCGCUGUGAGGCACAAGAUGCGUUGCUUCAGAAGCUUCUAAACAGUAACUUCUUAUUAGAUCAAGAGAGGGAUGUUCUUCAAUGGAAAAAGAACAUUGUUUCAAGCAAAGCUAAGACAAAAAAGCGGGCCGGUUCAGCUGUAUAUAACAGGGCAUCUUCACAAGAAACAUUAGUAAGUGCCUUCAAAUUUCGGUUUCUCCCAAGGUGAUAAAAAUAUGAAUCUCUAUAAAAUACUCAUCUGAUUCUUGGGAGUUUCUUUCUAUAUUUCAUUAAUUUUAAAGUGGCGAUGACAACGGAAACAAACUAGUUUCCUUAAAUAUUACUGUUAAAAUACAACUAAUAUUUUUAUAUACAUAUUAGUGUAAUAUUUUAUAUUUGUAUAAUUAAAUGUUGCACAGUUAGCCAUUAAUGGUUGGCUGCCACACCAUUAUUUUGCAAUUUCCGCUUACUUGCGUGUUGCUAGAUAUCCAUCUAAUGUACUUUCCUUUUGUGAUUGA